CAAAAUUGUAAAGUGUGUGGUUAAUUAUAAAGUGAAAUUUACCAUAUUUAUUAAUGAAUCUCCCCUGAGAUUCAACUUAUUUUUAAAUUAUGUAUGGUAACACAUAGAUUAAACAUGUGAUUCAUUUCAAAUGAAAUAAAAUGAAUUGAAUAGUCUUUGACUUAGCAAUAUGAAUUGUCCGUCUGUAUGCUUGAGAAUCAUGGUGCCACUUCUCACUCGUCCACAAUCCUUUCAAGUACACGUUGGAUUAAUAAAUAAAAAAUAAAAUAGUUUCUAAUUUUGUUCCAUUUCUCAAGUUGACAUUUUAAUAAAUUUUUAGUUUCAAUUAUAAUCCUUAUAAUUUUAAGCUACAAAAAUCAACUAAUUUUUUAACAAAAAUCUAGGGAGCUAAUUUCUUCUUUUAUAAAUUUUUUAAAUCUAAUUAUCCUAAAUAUUUAUUCUAAAUUUAAUUUUUUUCCUAAAUAGACUGGGCCAAUCACUUUAAAACACGUCUCAUUAAAUGACGGUAUCAAUGUAAUUUUGUUUGCUAAACUCACAAGGAAAAAAGCAUUUACUUUCAUAUGAAUAUAUAAGUCAAAAUUAAAUUUAUAAUUAGUCUCAUGAUCACAACUAGGGGUGUGACUGAGUCGAGCUAACUCGCAAGCUACUCGGGAUUGACUUGAAAAGUACUCGAAAUAUUCGGGAUUGAAUCGAGCUCGAGUUCAAGCUACUCGAGUUAAUUAUCGAGUCGAAUUCGAGCUCCAAAAUACAUGACUCGAUGAGCUCGCGAGCCUAAUCGAGUUUUGGUUAAUUUACCUUUUUACCCUUUAUAUUUAUACAUAUUUAUAAAAAUACCGUCAAUUUAAUAUUAAAAUAUAAUUUUUAAAUAUUUAUAUAGAUAAUCGUGUCGAGUCGAUUCGAACUCGAGUCUCAAUUAUUCUAUCGAAUUCGAGCCCGAGUUUCUAAAAUGAAAAUCAAUCAAGUUCGUGUCGAGUUUCGAGUUUCAGAUUUUUGAGUCUAGCUCGAGCUUGGUAGUGUUUCGACUCGACUCGACUUGCUUACACUCCAAAUCACAACGAUUGAGAUCGUUGUCGAGAUGUUGAAAUCGCAUUCGAUUCAAAAAUUUAAGAGCCCUUCUAUUAAUUUAUUGUCGAUGAUAUAUCAAAACAAAGUUAACAUAUUGACCCCACGCCAUGAGUUUCAUAAAUAUUGUUAACUUUUAAUAUACCCAAACCGGCCAAUACACACCACUAAUUAGGACUUGUUUUGUCAGUUUAUUAAUUAUUUAAUAAAUUAGGAAUUGUUUUUUGAGUUUUUUAGUAAUUGCUUAAAUAGAAAACCUAAUCCAAAUUGGAAUAUAGUAAAGACUUGAUGUCCAAGUUAAAAACAAAUUCACUAAUCGUUUUCCUAAAGGGUAAAAAAUAAAUCAGUUCUAUAAAUAUGUCAUCAAGUCAUUAAUUUCUUCAUUAUCAAACUGUUUCAGAGUUUUUUCUCUUUAUCAGAACAUUCUUGAUCAGAGUUUUUACACUCAGCAUGGCAGCCAUAGAUGAGCAUCCAUGGCUUGUAUUCUUCCAUGAAAAGCCUGACCAGUUUCAGAGUUUUUUCUCUUUAUCAGAACAUUCUUGCCAGAGACGGAGCAUUCCUCAGCUACAUGGUAAGACUGUGGCGCACUGCAACUUUGGAUGGCUGGUUUUACUUGAUAAAUAUUCUGAUGACUGCUUUCUAUUCAACCCGACAUCCAUGCUCCGAAUUCAAUUGCCUCCUUGCGGAUCGUUGCGAUCUCAGGAAUAUUACUGUCUCCUUACUGCACCUCCCACAGAUUCAAACUGUGUGAUUCUGUUUUCAACUAAUCCUGCAGAUUCCAUCGUUUCGUUUCAAUUUCUGAAGCUUGGAGACACUCGCUGGUCUUUUCAGGACUUGCAGUUUCCUAGCGACAGCGAUCAACCUGGAAUAGUGAGUAAUCUAGUUUCUUGUCAAGGAAAGGUUUAUGCUCAUGCUUGGCCGGAGAAUGUGUUUAGUCUUGCCGUCGAUGCCGGUACAAUUACGGUUGAGGAUUUGAAGAUGGCGGAAAUUCCGUGGCAGUCGAGGCUACCGGGGUUUAGUGGUUUGUUAAUAGAAUCGGUGGAAUCGUGUGGCGAGGUCUUUCGUGUAGAAUUCUUAAUCUUUGGUUUUCUUUUAGAUCCACUAGAUAUUUUUUAUUUUCGAGUUUUGAAGCUUGAUUUUUCCAGAAACGAUUGGGUAGAAGUCAAAAGCAUAGGCGAUCGAGCAUUUUUUAUUACUGCCGGUCUUCGUACUCCUACCAAUUUCUCAUGCUCAACUAAACAUUCAAACAUCAGAGGUAAUACUAUUUAUUUCACACUGCCUCAGGACAAGACUUUAUACGCAUUUCAUCUGGAAGAAGAAAGCAUCACCACUUAUAUGCCUUGCCCCGCUCCUCAAAGUGACUGUUCCCGGCCGAUAUGGCUAUUAGCUCACUCUCAUAGCCUCACUUCCGUCGACAAGCUUCAGCUUCCGAGUGUCCUGAAAGCAGGAAACGAAAAGAUAAUAGACGAUGAACAAGAGGAGACUUGGUCGGCUCUUCCAAGUGAGCUUCUGUCUCUAAUCAGCUCAACACUUUCGGGUCCAGACACCUUGAACUUCAAUUUUGUUUGCAAAUCAUGGCAGUCUGUUUCGCUUCUAACUCCUUGUACAACCCAAUUGAUCGAGCCGUCAAAAACAUUGUCAGAUAUCCCUCAAUUUCCGUUACUAUUGUUCCUCGGACGUGAUGAUGAUAGGCCAGUCUGCAAUUUUUAUAAUGCUCUAAACAACACUGCCUACACACUAAAUGUACCAGAGAUUGGCAAUGCAAGAGUCCGAUUCUCGAAAAAUGGAUGGCUACUUAUGUCUAGAGGUGACAUUGAAAUGUUCUUUCUCAAUCCCUUAACCAAACAAAGAAUUGAUCUUCCUGAACUGAACACUUCUUACAAGUUUCAUGGAGUUUCUUUCUCUGCACCUCCAACUUCAUCCGAUUGUGUAGUGCUUGGCGUCUACACUGGAUAUCUAUGGGACCAAUUAUGUAUAACCUUUAUACGCCAUGGUGAAACAGAUUGGACUUGUUUUGAGCUUAACGAGUAUUCCAAAUUCAUUAUAUCUCAUUCCAAUCCUGUCUUUUAUGAUGGGCUCUUUUAUUGUUUAGGAAGAAAUGGAAGGUUGGGAACUUUUGAUCCUCAGAAAGAUGAUGAAACCGGAUGGACUCUUCUUCCUUCGCCGGAAAAUCCGUGUGUCUCAUCCCGGAGAAACUAUUUGAUAGAGUGCAAUGGAGAUUUGCUCUCAGUUUUUGAAGGUUCUUCAGGAAAGUACAUUAAAGUUUUCAAGCUUGACAAGCAAUCAAUGUCAUGGCAGAAAGUUGAUAGCUUAGGAGAUGAAACUGUACUGUUUGUAAGUCGCACAACUUCAUUUUCAGCACAAAGCAAAGCUCCAAGAAUCGGUAACAAAGUCUUUUUUCCAAGAUUCAGAGACGGCUACUGUGAUUUCUAUUCUUUGGUAACAAAUAAAUUUCACUGCUUGAAGAUUGAUAUGGCCAGAGAUGAUUUUUACGGCACGACGGAGAAGUUGCAUUGCGGCUGGUUUGAACCUAACUUUCAGACACAUUCUGAUGAAGAGCUCCAAUGGUGUGUUUAUUCAAGUGAUUCUGAUUCUGAGUCUCAUUCUGAUUCUGAUUCUAAUUCUAAUUCUGAAGAAGAAAACUGAUUAUGUUUUAUGUAUUGACUGUUUGUUGCUUAAUUUAAUUUUUUAAUGAGAAUAUCCAUAUUCUGCACUGCUAAAAUAUCAAUGGAAAGAUGCAGCUUUUGAUA